AUGGGCGCCGGCCCGACUGUCAGCUCAUGCACGCGGGAGCGGGCUCCGGCCGCCCCGUCCGCGUUUGCAACCCCCCGCCCCGAUCCCGCGGAGUCAGGGGGAGGUGAGCAUCGCUGGCUGGCGGGCCCCGCGAGCUGCCGAGCGGCCCGCACGCGGCCAUCGACGUCCGCGGGCGCUGCCGCUGCCCCCGCCGCCGCCGCCGCCAGGGGGCGCUCGGGCCGCGCGGCCGCCGACCGGGGCUCCGCGGGCUCGCGAACCCCGGCUUCCCGCCCUCGGAGCAAACACAGUGCACCUUUGUCAGCGAGCCGGUGCGAGCGAGCGUCCGACGGCGGGCCCCGUGGCGCGGCCCCGCCGUGUGAGUGCCGGAUCCCGGGGUCGGGGAGCACCUCGCCGCCUCAGCCCCCUCGUGUCCCGGAGGAGAUUUUUGGUGGUUUGCGUGCAGCCGGGGCCCCAGCAUUCCGGCCGCCGUUCCGGCGCGACUGGAUCGCUUUUGACUCGCCCGCCAACGCGGUUGGGCCGCCUGGGCUCGGCGCCAUCCGGGCUCACAUCCGCCCCGCCCCUCCCCGACGCGCCUCCGGACUACAAGUCCCAGCAGCCUCCGCGUCACGAGCGCAGGGCCGGGAGGCGCCCUUGAGCCGGCGCGUGCGCAGUGCGCUGGCCCGAGUCUGGACAGCGGCGGCGGCGGCGGCGGCGGCAGCAGCAGCCCGAGCAGCGGCAAGCAGCAGCACUCCAGACGCUGACAGCCCCGCCGGCCGGCUGCCUCGCUGA